CUCCCCGGUAGAGGCUAACAUGGAAGAAUCCAGACGUCAGAAAAGCGGAGAUAUAACAUGCGACCAACUUAAAUAUAACUAACUGAAGAAUCGCUGACAACUAAAAACGAAGAGAAGUAAGAAGAACCCAUAGAUAUAGCAAGAUGCGAUUCCACGGUACUGCGUUAUCGUUUUCGUUAAUAUGUUUACUGGUCACCGGCACUCGAUCCCAAGGGGUGACAACUAUUGGUAACGUUAUUAGCGGGCAGAUGAACACGUUCUCUAAAAAUGCCCGCGAGGUAGUAGAUUUGAUGUUUCUCUUGGACGAGUCCGGGAGCGUGGGGAGCGGCAAUUUCAGAACCGAACUAGAAUUUGUCAGGAACAUUAUGGAACAUUUCAGUGUGGCUCCGCAGUACACACAAGUGGGGCUGAUCACAUUCGGCUCUGACGCGAAGCCACACAUGAGUUUAGACAUGCGGCUUGAUAAGUGCGAUUUUAUGACUCGCCUUAACGGAGUUGGCUACCGGGGUGGCAUGACGAAUAUGAACCAGGCUUUUGGUCAGGCGAAGCAGAAUUUUGACAGAGCUAAAAAUACCGGACGCGGGGCCUUGAAAGUGGUGUUCCUGAUUAGUGACGGCUGGUGGAACGACGGAGGCAACCCCCAGGGUAUUGCUGACCAGAUUAAAGCAGACGGUGGGGAGAUCGCAGCUAUAGGGGUCGGAGGAUGGGACAAGGGCAAACUGAAAAGUUUAGCAAGUAUAGGAUCUGACGGGAAACCCAUGGUUUACGACAUCAGAACUUUCACACAGUUCAGAGAUCUUGCUCGGUAUUUUCACAAAGGCCAGCAGAAGUUCGAGUACUUGCCGGUGCAGACACAAAAGUGCGGUAGCAGAUGCCAGAGCGGUGCUUUCUGUAGCUGUGACAGCGUCAGUGGAAAGACAUACAAGUGUGCCUGUAACGCCGGCUUUCAUCUGAAGAGAGAGUCCUCCAUAGAACGUUGUCUGAAAUGCGAAGCUGGGACCUAUAGCGACAGUAAAUCUACAGAAGACAAGUGCCGUUCCUGCGCCGCCACCAACCCCUUCACUACCACCCUGAAUAUUGGUUCGCGUAGCCCAAACGAUUGCGUCUGCCAAGUCGGUUAUACAAAUGUGAACACCAACCUCAAAAAUGGGGAUCCUAUCAACAGAACGCCACCUUGUAAAGAGGUCACGUGCCGCAAGCUUGUCGCCAAGCCCAACUCGUUCCUCCAGGGUUACUGCGGUCAAAAAGUGAACAACAUGUGCACGUUCAACUGUGAGCCUGGGUACAAGCUCCGCCAGGGAGACAUUAACGUUCUGAAGUGUCAGACCAACGGGAAAUGGAGCGGGACAGAACCCUUGUGUGAAGCCGUGCUUUGUCCUGCCUUAACGCAAAACCCCGUCCCAUAUGCGUUUCCAUGGAGCUGUACAAACUCGAAAGGGGGCGCUGGCAAUGCAUUGGGGGCCGUGUGCAAGACAAACUGCAAACCAGGUUAUGUUGGCCAAGGAGAUACGACACGAACUUGUAAACAAGACGGAACUUGGUCCGGACAGGAACUGAUCUGCAGUCCUAUAACGUGCCCGUCCCUCAACAACCCAAACCACGGCAAAUUUGAACCAGCCAGUUGUCUACAACAAGGGUACGCUGGGGCGACCACGUGUACUCUGAUCUGUGAUUCCGGGUUUACAAUAGUCGGGAACCAAGAAGUCGUGUGUACCGCGGACGGGACCUAUGACAAACAGGAAGGGUACUGCAAUGACACUCAGCCACCCACCGUCACAUACUGCCCCAGCCACAGGGAGACAGACGCAGACCCCGACAGCGACCAGGCCAUCGUGUCUCUGAUCAAUGACCCACCCCGAGCGACCGACAAUUCGGGAGAGGAUCCUUCGGUCGAGAUAGCAGUCGGCAGUGCAAAGAUCACCGCCCAAAACUCGUACCCUUUCAAAAUCGGAGAGACCAGAGUGACUUAUACCUUCAAGGAUGCUAAAGAAAAUCAGCGAGUCUGUACAUUUAAAGUGAUAGUAAAAGACACGCAGCCUCCAAAGGUUGUCAACUGUCCAGAUACAAUUAAUAUAGAAUCCAAGCUGUUGGAAACGGACGUCACCUGGGAGGAACCGACCUUCAGAGAUAACAGCGACAAAACAAAGAUAAUUCAUGGUCAGCCGAACAUGACUCCUGGGAAGUUUAGGUACGGAAGAUACAACAUUAUCUACGAGGCCACGGACCCGAGUGGGAACAAAGGAAUAUGCAAGUUCAAGCUGACAGUUAGACCUCAUCCAUGUCCGGAGUUGAACCCCCCAAUUAACGGAGCUCUCUCAUGCGACACCAUUUUCUUUGGUUUUGUGUGUUUUCCAUUUUGCCAAAACCCGUAUGAGUUUAACUUGCAGCCCGGCCAGUUUUUUGUAGCACAACAGUUUGUUUGUGGAGGGUCUGGGCAAUGGUAUCCCUCGCCCCAAAUGGCCAUGGCAGACUGCACCAAAUUCCAGGACCCCGCGAGGAGGCUUCUCUUCGACCUUCACUACUAUGAGGGCAGCUGCCCUGAAGCCAGCACCCAGGAUCAGAUCAAGGAAAACGCUGCUCAAAUCUUCAGAAGCAGCAGUUUCGGUCAGGCGUGUAAUUGCAACGUGACGAAAGACGACUUCAGAGUCAUCUGUGGGGCCAUCAAUACCACGGCGGUUCAGGGCACGCAGCCGACCCCUGUUGGGAGGCGCAGGAGAGAACUUGACGACCUGAGCGAGCUCCUGAAAAAUCUGAAAUCUCAGUUCGUUUCUCAGCUCGGAGUAGCUACGAUUGAAGAGAAGGACGAAGGUAUAGGUUGCGCAAGAGGAGAAGAAACAAGAAUGAAAGGCAGUGAAAUUACAUGCGUUGUUUGCACUAAGGGGUACUUUUAUAACAGUGAGAGCGGUAAGUGCACAAAGUGCCCUGCUGGUUAUUAUUCUGACCAGGAGAGAGCGCUCCAGUGCAAGAGAUGCCCUGCCGGCACCCUAGCUUUAAAAGAAGGAUCGUUUUCUAGGGAUAAUUGCUCAGAUAUUUGUCAGCCCGGGACGUUUUCUCCCAAUGGUGUAGAUGAACCUGAUGCCUGCAGUCCGUGCCCGGUCAAUCAGUACCAGGACAAGGCAAAACAGACGUCGUGCAUUCCAUGCCCAUCGGGAACUUUUACCGUGUUUAAAGGCGCCGAGAGUGUUAACAAAUGCAAAGCCACGUGUCCGCCUGGUUAUUGGUCAGGUACGGGCCUGCAGCCGUGUCAGCCUUGUGAGAAGAACACCUAUACAAGUCAAACUGGAAGCACGAAAUGUACCCAGUGUUCCUCGGGAUUGGUCACCAGAGGGAAAGGCAGCACUUCGUCGAAUAUGUGUAUAGACUUUAACGAAUGUUCGACCCGCCCGUGCCUUAACGGGGCCCAGUGUCAUGACCUGUUUGACGAUUACCGCUGCGACUGCCCGGCUGGUUUCACUGGGAAGAACUGUGAGGCAAAUAUUGACGACUGCGAGAGCGUUCCUUGCCAGAAUGGAGCCACCUGCCACGACAGAAUCAACAGCUAUUCUUGCUCAUGCGUUCCUGGUUACACUGGUCCUGACUGCUCUAUAAACAUCGACGAAUGUGCACAAAACCCAUGCCAAAAUGGCGCCACGUGCACUGACGGAGUCAAUGAUUUCAACUGCGCAUGUCCCCCGGGGUAUUCUGGGAAACGCUGCCAGACGGACGACGACGAAUGCGCUAGCGGGCCGUGUGAAAAUGGCGGCAUCUGUACAGAUGGAGUGAAUUCCUACACGUGCUCGUGCCCGCCAGGAUUUAGCGGACCUAACUGUGGGCAGAAUAUCGAUGACUGUAAACAUAUUGCAUGUGAUAACGGAGGUACGUGUGUUGACGGGAUAAACUCACACACGUGCAGUUGUGUACCAGGAUUUACUGGCAUCAACUGUGAAAUUAAUAUCAACGAGUGUGCGGGCUCACCCUGCGUUAGAGGCACGUGCAUUGAUGACGUCAAUGAUUAUUACUGCGCAUGCCCACAUUACUAUUCUGGGAAAAAUUGUGAACGACGCGAAACUCCCUGCUUCAACAUUGACUUCACAAGCGCCACAGAAAACGACUACGUCUUCGUGGAUCCCAGGCCUGCAGUGCCCGCCAUGUCGGAAAUCACGCUCCAAUUCUGGAUGAAAUCAGACGACAGCAACGAAGUUCUGGCCAACUACGGCACCCCGGUCUCCUACGGUGACCAGAGAAAUGACCACUUUACAAUAUUUGGUCAAAAUAACUUCAUGUUGAUGGUGAAUGAUGACGCGGCCCCGACAGGAAUGAACGCGGCGGACGGCGCCUGGCAUAAGAUUUGCCUGACGUGGACGUCAAAUGCUGGCAACUGGGAAAUUUACAAUAACGGCAAGCUUCAUAGAACUGGCACGGGACUGUCCUCGGGUAAACCAAUCCCUGCUGGCGGGCGUUUUGUCCUCGGCCAAAAGAUCAACGGUUUGGAGACGUUUUCUCCCACAGAUACGUUCAGUGGAGUCCUGCACGGCAUGAAGGUUUGGAAUAAAAUCAAAGACUGUACGCAGGACAUUAAUGACGAUCAUUUACUGAAAGCCUGGCCCGAUCUGGCUCAGAACAUGGUUGGGAGGAUCCACAAAACUAACAAUGUACCAUGCAAGUGAUCUGCGCAUGCGUCAAUGCACAGACCACGCCCAUGGCCUAGUGGCAGCGCCGAGGUUUUCAGCUUAGCAUUACUGAAAGUAGAAUUGAAUGACUUCUUCUUUAUUGUACAUUGUAUUAUCUUUGUCCUGCACAGCGAAAUUUUUGGAAGGUUCACACAACAUAAAAUGUACCCCACUAAUACAGUGAAGUUAUCAGCUCUUCUCCUUUAAUUGCAUUAUAUAAUGAUUAGAUAUAUACUUCAUGGCAAAAUAAUAUUUCCAAGAUAUAGAACAGUGCGUUAAUUGUUAUCGCCACUAUGCUGUGUCAGGCAUUUCAAGAGAGGACUUAUAUUCCAUGACAUGCAUAAAUAUGUGCUGCAUGGAACCUGGAUAAAAUCUGGGGCCAACUCCAAUGACGUCACGGCUACUAGUCAGUGAUGUCAUCCGGCAAUAAUCUCGCACAAACAGUACUGCAGAGGCGUGGCCAUGCUUAAAAUUUUCAUACUACCAAAGUGUUUGUUUUAUAUAUGUGUAUCGCGGUUAUGCCUUUCCUUUCUAAUGUGCAGAUUAAAUAAUAUAUUAUCUAUAUGAUA